AUAUUUUAAUCUGUUUUUUUAAAUUAAUUCCAUAAAAAAUCUUCCUUUUUUUACACCAAGUAAGAAUAGUAAUGCAGCUUUAUUGCCACCUGCUGACUGAGAAGCUAAAUUACAACAAAUCCACCUGUUUUCAUGUGCACACAGCAAUGAUUUUUUUUCUAUUCUGUGAUGUAUGUCACAGGUUUACAUUUUUCCUUUUGACAGACUAAAUAUGUCAACCAAGUGGCUCCACGGUUUGUCUAAAAACGGAGGGGAUUUGCUAAUCUGUUAAUUAGAUUACUGUUCUUGCCUCAGUGACUCCUGUGUCCUUAAGCCCUGUAACCUGACGCAAAAUGGAAACGGGCUCUAUGUGAUUUUUGCGUCUCACGGGGUGUUUUGCCAUAAAUUGCAGGGAAGUUGACCGAAACGUUGACAGCUGCUGUCAAGCAUGGCCGCUGCCUCAUUAUCUCUGGUUGUUUUUAUCUGCUGGAUUAGGUAAGGAUCACUUCUUUCUGCUUCAACAUUGAUCUUUUUUUUUUUUUUUAAUUUGCUCAUUUUCUUAAAUUUGUAGUAAUGUGCGAGGUGAAGAGAAAGUAUAUUCGGAUAACAUCACUCGCAUUUUGGAUAGACUGCUGGAUGGGUAUGACAACAGGUUACGACCUGGCUCUGGAGGCGGCAUCACAGAGGUGAAAACAGACAUUUUUGUCACCAGUUUUGGACCUGUUUCAGAUGUGAAGAUGGAGUACACCAUGGACAUGUUCUUCCGUCAGAUGUGGGUUGACGAGCGCCUGAAAUUCGAAGGCCCCAUCGAGAUCCUGCGUCUGAACAACCGCAUGGUGGACAAGAUCUGGACGCCGGACACUUUUUUCAGAAACUCCAAGAAGUCCAUUUCCCACAACAUGACCACGCCCAACAAGCUCUUCCGGAUUAUGCAGAACGGGACUGUCCUCUACACCAUGAGACUGACAAUCAGCGCAGAGUGUCCGAUGAGGCUGAUGGAUUUCCCCAUGGAUGGUCACGCCUGUCCGCUCCGGUUUGGAAGCUAUGCAUACACCAGCAGUGAAAUCCUUUUCACCUGGAGGAAAGGCCUGACAGCUUCUGUCGAAUGUCCCAAAGAGUCCAUGAGUCUUCUGCAGUACGACCUUGUGGGACAGACUUUGUCCAGUGAAAUAAUCAAGUUAAACACAGGGCAGUAUUCUGUGCAGGUGGUCUAUUUCCACCUUCAGAGGAAGCUGGGCUACUACCUCAUUCAGACCUACAUUCCUUUAAUAAUGGUGGUCGUCCUGUCACAAGUCUCCUUUUGGAUCAACAAAGAGUCCGUCCCUGCGCGCACAGUUGCUGGCAUCACCACAGUGCUGACCAUGACCACUCUGAGCAUCAGCGCUCGCCAGUCCUUGCCUAAAGUCUCCUACGCCACGGCGAUGGACUGGUUCAUCGCUGUGUGCUUUGCCUUUGUUGCAUCGGCUCUGGUGGAGUUUGCAGCGGUGAACUACUUCGCCACCUUGCAGGCGAACCGUCUGAAGAAGGAGAGAGCCAGACAAGACAGGCUGGAGGUGCUGGCCACCGGCAGUGAGGAUGACGACACGAUUUCAUCGGACAGCAGCUUUCAGGAAGGCCUGAAGAGGAGAAACCACUCAGUGAGCUGCAGUGAGCCGGGAGAAAUCCCGCCAACUCCGAUUUUCCUUCAGCAGGGUUCAGCUUUUCCUCAGAUCCCGCAGCUGGCUGGGACCAGCCGCAUUGACUCAUACGCUCGCAUCCUCUUCCCCAUGACCUUCGCCCUCUUCAACCUGGUCUAUUGGUACAUUUACCUGGCCAAAGACACUAUGGAGAGAGCCAGGGACAUGGAUAUUGAAGACUAAGAGGACGUGGGGGCUGAAAGAUCUUCCAUCUCUGCAAAAACCAGCUCCCAGGAUUCACCCCUCGUCUGACAGAAGAACUGAAUCAGAAGCUUGUUUAUUAAUUUGUGCACAUCUCGGUCAGUUCUGAACCCGGGACGUCACACAGGGAUGUAAACACAAACCAAGAAACGCAUCAAAAAAGGCGGCAUGAUAUAAUCUGUGAUGGCUUUAACUGGCGGUGAUGCAACGUUGAACCAAUGCUUUCAGAAGCCUGCCCUCUCCGCAGAAGCACAUCUCUAAGAUCAAAGAUAUUUUAGAGGAGGCUCCAAUCCCUCCUCGCUGCUUCAAAUAUGUGCUCAAACCUGAGAAAGAGAAUAGUGGGGCAAUCUUCCAUCCCACCUUCCUGCUGCUGCCUCUACUGCUUUGCAGUCUCAGAUUUUUAGGGGGGACACCUGCAAGAUACCCAUAUUUUAUUGGUAUUUUCAAAUUUUAAAUCCGUUUGGCGUUAAAAGGCAUGUUUUGUUUGCCUUGUAUCAACUUUACUGCUUAAAAAUAGAAGAUAUUAACCUCAACUUGAUCAUUUCAACCUCACUGCAUCCAACUGUUUGACCUUGGAUUUAGAAAAAAGGAAAACUGUCUGCCAUGUACCAAUCAAUAAAUAAAAAAACAAUCAAAAACCUUUAUUUUUCCUCUUUUUAAAAAUAUGUUUCUUCAAUAAAGACACCUACUUGUCUCUUUAAUAUUUUCCUCUGCAAUGGAAACCGCUCCACCAUCAUCGCUCUCUACUCUUUG